AUGAGUACGAAGUCUCUCAAUUGUUUCGUAGUUAAGUCCGCAGAAUCUUCUUGGACAUCUGUAUUCAGCCCCAUCUCUCAUUUGGAAAUGAUCGACGUGGAUGUGAGUUUGAAGCUCGAUUGGAUUUGGCAAAUCAUGAUGACAUAUCGGACAGUUGGUGUUGAGCAGAGUUCGGAUGCAGGUGAAAUGAUGACUUGUUGCUGUGCAACGACUGCUGGCUCCGGUGGUGGUGGAUUCCACACUUUCGCUUGUUUGACUAGUGUUGGACCUGGGUUAUCAAGAGAAGACUCCGAACUGAAAAACUGA